UAAGGGAGGGUGUGUUGACAUUUUAAUUAUUUUAUUUUAUUUUAUUUUCAAGAAAAAUUAUUGAGUGUAUUAUGUGUUUGUACACCUUUUGUCACAAAGUACAUAGGACUCGUAUUCUAAAAUUAAGAAAAAAAUUCUUUUUUAUUUUUAUAGAGAAUAUUAUUUUUUAAUCCUAUGAGUGUAUUUUAGCAUCUUCCAAUUUUUUAAUUUCCUAUGGUACACCCCAUCUUUUGUGUUCAAGAUCAAUGUCGCUCCGAGAUCAUCCAGGUAUCUAUCUAGUGUUGCUCCUCCACCUCCUCCCUUCUGUAACCGGUAUCAAGAAAUCACUGUCAUAUACUCCUGUAGACCUCAUCCUCCUGGAUUGUGGCGCAUCGUCUAGUUCUACAUCGCUGGAUGGACGCACUUGGGAUGGAGAUGCCGACUCCAAAUUUCAUGCCUCUAACCCUGAAACAGCAUCAUCUGCGUUUACAGCUUCUCAACAAGACCCAUCAGUAACCCAAGUUCCAUACAUGACAGCCCGUAUUUUUCAAUCGCAAUUCACCUACACCUUUCCCGUCUCGCCUGGCCCAAAGUUUGUUCGUCUCUACUUCUAUCCAGCUACUUACUCCAAUCUUGACAUUUCCAAAUCCCGUUUCUCUCUUAGCGCCAAUACUUACACUCUCCUCAACAAUUUUAGUGCUUUUCUCACUGUUUCUGCUAUGAAACCUUCUGUCGCCUCCUUCAUCAAAGAGUAUAUCAUUACCGUGUGGGAUAACCAGAAGCUUGAUCUGACAUUCUCUCCUUCUCCAAGUUCUUUUGCCUUCAUAAAUGGCAUCGAGAUAAUUUCGAUGCCCAACAACCUCUAUGCCAGCGGCAACAAUAACCCACUUCCUUAUUUGGGCAUCGAUAGCAACCAAUUUUAUUUGGAUAACACCACCGCUCUUGAGAAAUUUUAUCGGCUAAAUGUUGGUGGACAAGAUAUCAACGGGAACGAUGACACUGGAAUGCAUAGGACAUGGCUUCAAGAUUUAAAUUACAUCUUUAGUGGGGCAGUUGGGUUUGUAAUUGUACCACCUGAUGUCAAAAUACAGUAUACAAUGAAGACACCAGCCUACACUGCACCUGUAAUGGUAUAUGGUAGCAUGCGUUUUAUGGGUCCUGAUUCACAUCUUAACCUGAAGUACAAUCUUACAUGGUACUUCUCCAUUGAUGCUGGUUUCAAUUAUCUUGUUAGGCUCCAUUUUUGUGAGUUUCGACCUGAGGAGACAAGAAGUGACCAAGUGGUGUUUUAUAUAUUCAUCAACAAUCAAACAGCUGAGCCAUACGCAGAUAUAAUGCUCUGGUCCGGCGGUAACAGUGUUCCACUGUAUAAAGACUACGUCUUGUGGAUCCCCAAAGGCAGCCAUAGUAAGCAGUACUUGUGUCUCGCUUUACACCCCAAUUUUGAUAAAAAACGUACAUAUGCUGAUGCUUUCUUGAACGGCCUAGAGAUAUUCAAGUUGAAUAACUCAGGCGGUAGUCUAGCCUCUCCCUGCCCUGAAUUAUUGGCGGGUAGUCCACCACCAGAAAACCUUCCAAAAUUGAAAGUGAAGACUAACGAGAAAAGAUUUUUGGUAGUAAUCGUUGUUGGUUCUGUUUUUGGGGGUAUGCUAGCGCUCUCUCUUGUUAUUUGUUUCUUUGCUUUUAAACAGAGGAGAGUGAAGGACUUUGAAAAGAGUGAGGCCAAAUCCUUCCGGUUCCCUUUCUCCCACACUUUAAGGUCCUCAGUUACAAAGGCUUCGCUGAGGCCUUCAAACACUAGUCGGCGAUUCUCCAUCUUCGAGAUUGAAGUGGCCACGUCCAAAUUCGAUGAUGAAUUUGUUAUUGGAUCUGGGGGAUUUGGAAAUGUUUAUAAAGGGUUUAUAGACGAUGGUGCUACUCCAGUUGCAAUUAAGCGGUUGGAUUCAUCAUCAAGGCAAGGGACUCGCGAGUUCAGGACGGAAAUCGACAUGCUGUCCGAGCUUCACAAUCCCCAUCUUGUGUCACUGAUUGGAUACUGCGAUGAUCCUGGUGAAAUGAUCCUUGUUUACGAGUAUAUGCAUCGUGGGACCCUCCGCGAUCAUCUCUACAAAACCAGGAAUCCUCCUCUUCCAUGGAAACGGAGGCUAGAGAUCUGCAUUGGAGCUGCACGAGGACUCUAUUAUCUUCAUACAGGUGCGAAGCACCCCAUCAUUCACCGCGAUGUGAAGUCAACGAACAUAUUGAUAGAUGAGAAUUGGGUGGCCAAGGUUUCAGACUUUGGUUUGUAGAUGGGUCCCACCAGCGACUCCCAAACGCACGUUAGCACUGUAGUUAGGGGAAGUUUUGGGUACGUGGAUCCAGAGUACUACCGUCGGCAACACCUCACGGAAAAAUCUGAUGUGUACUCAUUUGGAGUAGUUCUGUUUGAGUUGCUCUGUGCUAGGCCGCCAGUGAUGCCAGGACUACCAAAAGAGCAAGUCAAUUUAGCUGAUUGGGCUCGGAUUUGCUGUAGAAGAGGAGCCAUUGAUCAGAUAAUGGACCCCUAUUUGAGGGGUAAUAUUGACCCUGUCUGUUUGGAGAAAUUUGGAGAGAUUGCUGAGAGUUGCCUGCGUGACCAAGGCACACAAAGGCCAACAAUGAGCGAUGUGGUUUGUGGGCUUGAGUUUGCUUUGCAGCUUCAAGAGACUGCUGAGAACACUAGAAAUAGUAUUGAUAGAGUGAGUGAGGAGCAGGAAAGUCCAUUGUUGUUGCGUGGAGAAGCUAUAACUACUGAUGAUGAUGACUUGUUUAGCGUCUCAGGUGGACACAAGCAUGGAUCCAAGAGCACGAUUAGUAGUGGUGAAAGGAGUAUCGCCAAAACUGAUCCUGAUAGAAUGAGUUCUGACACUGUAUUCUCGGAAAUUAUGAACCAAAAGGGAAGAUGAAAUGUUGCGGUGGAUUUGUCCCCCUUUAUUUUUAUUUUCAUUUGAUUGUCUUCAAGGUGAAUAACACGAGGCUGUUAACAUUUUAAUCUUUAUCGCUUGUAUUAUAAAACAGUAAAUUGUAAUUAAUGAGUAUUUAAUUGAAAUGGUUAUUAAUGUAUAAGGAAAAUAAGCGAAAAAUUUGCCAACUA